AUGGAGCCGCGGUGGCAGUACCAGUUCCGGGUGAUCAUGCUGGGGGACUCCACGGUGGGGAAAUCCUCCCUCCUGCGGCGCUACACCGAGGGCACCUUCCUGGACGCCGUCAACCAGACGGUGGGGGUGGAUUUCUACGUCCAGUUCGUGGAGCUGGAGCCGGGGCUGAGGGUGAAGCUGCAGUUCUGGGACACGGCCGGGCAGGAGAGGUUCAGGUCCGUGACUCGCUCCUACUACCGCAACUCCGCCGGGGGGAUGCUGCUCUUCGACCUCACCAACCGCGCGUCCUUCGAGAGCGUGCGGCGCUGGCACCGCGACGUGACCGACACGGUGCAGCCCUCCCGCGUCGUCUUCCUGCUGGUGGGGCACAAGAGCGACCUGGCGGGGCAGCGCCGCGUGGGCCGCAGGGAGGCCGAGAGGUUGGCGGCCUCGCUGGGCGCCCAGUACGUGGAGACCUCGGCCAAGGACGCCUCCAACGUGGCGCUGGCGUUCCGGAUGCUGACGGUGGCCAUCUACCAGGCGCUGCAGACGGGGAGGUUGGCGGCCGGCGAGGCGUGGGACGGGGUGAAGAGCAGCGUCCCCCUGCCCGUGCCGCCCAAAGCUCGGCUGGCGGAGAAGGAGGAGAAGAGGAAGAGGUGCUCGUGCUAG